GAAUUGGGUCCUGCCUAGGAGGUGCAGAUGCGCAGGUGCUAAGCACUGGGCGCCAGCUUGGGAACCCUGGCGCCCUGGGAGGUCGUCAAUGCAGGCCGAGGGGCGGGAGGUAGAGGCCGUGGAGGAGCAGGAAGCCACGCCCCUCCGCCCUACUGGCCUCCUGGCGCCGCCUCUUCCUCUACAUCCUCCCGCCCUUCCCCGCUUUCCGGCCCGACGGCUUGGGGGCUGGGGUUCCUCUGGCCCCCUCGGGAGCGGCCCCUGGACCGUGGAGGGCAGAUGCCCGGUCCCCGGUAGCGGCUGUGUCAUAACGGAGCAGCUAAGUAUAAGCCACAAGUCUCCUGUGGCCACUGAGGCUGGAGCUUGACUCUGGAGAGAGGAAAGGAAGAAUGGAAGCCUGGUGGAGAGGCAGAGCUUAGAAGCCUGAGAGAGCUCAGUUCUGGUGGCAACACCGCUGGAUUCCUGGUGGCGAGAGCAUGUGGCCCCUGGACCCAUGCCGGAAAGAGGUGCUGAGGUUUGCGUUCAGCUGCCGCAUCCUGACUCUGGUGCUGCAGGCCCUGUUCAAUGCGAUCAUCCCAGAUCACCAUGCAGAAGCCUUUUCUCCUCCUCGCCUGGCCCCCUCGGGCCCUGUGGACCAACUUGUGGAAGGUCUUCUUGGUGGCCUGUCUCACUGGGAUGCUGAACACUUCCUGUUCAUUGCUGAGCAUGGCUAUCUCUAUGAGCACAACUUUGCCUUCUUUCCUGGUUUCCCCCUGGCCCUGCUGGUGGGGACUGAAUUGCUGAGACCCCUGCGAGGGUUACUGAGCCUACGAAGUUGCCUGCUAAUUUCUGUAGCACUGCUUAACUCCUUGUUCUUUGUGCUGGCAGCAGUCGCGCUUCAUGACCUGGGAUGUCUGGUUUUGCACUGUCCCCGCCAGGCCUUUUAUGCAGCACUGCUCUUCUGCCUCAGCCCUGCCAAUGUCUUCCUGGCAGCUGGUUACUCAGAAGCUCUGUUUGCCCUCCUGACAUUCAGUGCCAUGGGACAGCUAGAGAGAGGCCAGAGCUGGACUAGUGGACUCCUCUUUUCCUUUGCCUCUGGUGUACGUUCCAAUGGGCUGAUCAACAUUGGCUUUCUUGUGCACGCCCAGUGCCGAGACUUUCUAUUUUCUGUCCUGGUGCAGAGCCCCCUGAGGCAGCUCAUUAAGCUGAUGGCCUCUGUGUUCCUGUCAGUGCUCACACUGGGCCUUCCCUUUGUCCUCUUUCAGUAUUACGCUUAUACCCAGUUCUGCCUGCCAAGCUUAGCCCACCCCAUCCCUAAACCCUUGCUGCAGUUAGCUGUGGACAAGGGCUACCGGACUGCAGAUGGAAAUGUGCCACCUUGGUGUUCCUGGGACCUUCCCCUAAUAUACAGCUAUAUCCAGGAUAUCUACUGGAAUGUUGGCCUUUUGAGAUACUAUAAGCUCAGGCAGUUGCCCAAUUUCCUGCUGGCUGCACCAGUGGCUGUACUAGUUGUCUGGGCGACCUGGACAUACGUGACCACCCACCCUUGGCUCUGCCUUACACUUGGGCUGCGAAGGAGCAAGAAAAUUAAGACCCUAGAGAAGCCUGACCCUGGAUUCCUCAGUCCCCAGGUGUUUGUAUACCUGGUCCACGCUGCAGCGCUGCUGCUGUUCGGAGGUCUGUGCAUGCAUGUUCAGGUUCUCACCAGGUUUCUGGGCUCCUCCACACCUGUUGUUUACUGGUUUCCAGCUCAUCUGCUUCAGGAUCGAGAGCCGCUGCUGAGAUCCCUAGAGAUUGCAGCUCAGAAGCCUCUUGCAAGGGACUCCCCACCAGGACAAAAGGACCCCAGCAAUCCUAUCAUGGAACUUUUGUACAACUGGAAAACCUGUUCUCCAGUCACACGAAGCAUUCUAGGCUAUUUUCUGACUUACUGGCUCCUGGGACUACUCCUGCAUUGCAACUUCCUGCCUUGGACAUGACCUGGAGUCUCAAGGGGCAGGCUUGCAGCAGACUUGACCCAGGGGUCUGCAAGUACAGGUACACUCUGGGACAGCCUGUGCUGUCCUGAGAUUGUUACUCAUCCAGUAGAGUCUCUCUCUUUUCCUCUUUCUCUCUUUGGAGGUUAGCUGGGGAUGGGGGAAGUGUGAGCUGCUAGAGAGCCCCUUCUGGUCCUGGCCAGGACAAAUUGUAGGGUGAUAACUGUUUUCUCUAUAAGUGAAGAUCUCUUUUUCCAAGACUGAAGUACACUUACUUGGAUCUGUUUAGUUAUCCAAACAUAGCAGAGAUCGUCUAAGACCUACCACUGACCCACAUGUAAAUUAGAUGUAAAUUAUUUAAAUGUAAAUUUCAUCAAAGGCUCUAGCUGACAGACUGAGGAUCUUCCACACAAGACGGUGGUGGCCUGAGAAGUGUAGUGGCAUGGGAAAGUGGGACCAUUUUGCUAAAUGGGACAUGGUUUCUGAUUUUUUUUUUCAUGAUUUGGCAGUUUUAUGUAUAUGAGAAAUAUUACCGAGGUGCAAAUUAAACAUCAUUUGGCUGUGCAUAUAAUGAAUUAACUUUUUAAAAAUAAUACAAAUUACUUGGAAAAAUUUUUUUUCCAAGAAAAAGGGUAAGGAGAACGCUGCAUGAAGAGCAGGAGACCUGGAUUCUAGUCUUCCUAGUAAAACCCCAUUUACCAGCUGUAUGAUCUUGGGCAGUUAUUCAGAGCCUUAGUAAUCUUCUGGAACUAGGGCAAAUGAUAUUGUUCUUACUGGGGUGGGGGCGGGGGCUGAACCAUAUAAUCUCUUGUUAGGUCCCUUUCAGCUCAGAGAUCUUAAGAAUGUCCUUAAACAGAAUCUCCCAGUCUAAACACUUAUGUAGAGUCUCAAACAACUGAUUUUAGGAGACAAUGUCUCAAGUUCUCCCGCUUUCAGCAUUAGAAGAAACUUCACUUGGGUGCAACACUGAACAGUAACCUAAGUGACCUUUCCUUUGAAUGAGGGAAAGCAAUGACACCUGGCAAAUAAGAUACCUGUCCUGCAUAAGUCAGCCUGCACUCGGCUGAUUUUCCUGCCAUUCUUGAGAGCUUCUGCUUGCUUGCAUGGCAAACAUGGGUCAGAGAAGCCAACAUGGCAGCAUGAGGAGGAGGCAAAGAGGAGACUCCACGAAAGCAAAGAAUCUGGUGCUCCUACCUCAGCAAUAAAGAACCGAAUAAUUGUAGGUAAGGCCAAAGUUGAACGAAAUGGUAUCUGUCCUGCUUUCUGGCCUCCGUUUGGUUGUGAGACCAUCACUGUGACAGUAUAAGAUCAUUGGCUCCUGCUGAGCUAUUUUUGCUCUUUCCUUGAGCCAGAUAAGAGGCUCUCUAUCAUCACCACUCAUUCUCCAUUUGAGCCCAAAAUUCCAACAAGCAAGAACUCUUCAAAAUAGGUGGGGAAUCAUAAACAGCUCUGGAGAGCCCUGAGACUUGGAAUUUGGACACGCUGCCUCUGACUGUGACUGAAAGCUAAACUUGCCAGCUGAAGGGAAGCUCCUGGCUGAGCCCCAGCACCCUCUGUUGGAGCUUCUGGUCAGCCUGGCCAGUAAGCGCUGCCCAUCCACCGCCCCAGCGCUGAGCAUAGCUGAGCAGAUUUGGUCCAGAGUCAAAUGCUUCUGAAAACGUACACAUGGAUUGGGGCAGCCCUCUGCCUUCUGCCAAGAGGCCCAAGUGCCUUUCUUGGCAAAACAUGCUCACCCCUGCCCUAGUGUCCUUCCAGUUGGCAGAGACUGUUCUCUCUCUCCUCACCAACAGCUGCAAAUCCAGGGACUUCCACCCUUUGUACAGGAAGAGUUGGGGUCCUGUUUUGGUUCUUGAUUGCUGAGGUAGGAGCACCAGAUCCUUUGCUUUCUUGGAGUCUCCUCUUUGCCUCCUCUGGGGGGAUCAAGGGGACAGAUUGUUCCCCUACGGGAAGAGGUGACUCAGACCACACAGGAUAGGGUGUAAUUUCACUGCCCUGGCAGUGUCAGCCUCAGCUUCACACUAGCUCUCAUCACCCCAGAAACAAGUGAUUUCAAGGACCGGGAAUCCUACCUUCUUGGUUAAUACCAGAGAACUAAAUCACUCGGGGAUUCUGCAAAUACGAUUAUAGUUAGAACUGAUAAUUGAGGAGAUAACUGAGGACCACAGCUAGGCAGAAGCGUCUUGUGUGACCUGGAGAAGGACGCAGCUUUCUCUGUGACUUUGGGGGGAUCUAGUUCCUGUUCUCUGAGAAUCUAAAGAAUGGGUUGGCUUUAUGGCCAGCAGCUGUCCUUUUACCAUCCUAUUAUAGUCUUUAAUAGGCUGGGAGACAGACUUGAAGGGCCCAAGGCAGGAAGCUUCCUGUUUACCCUGAGGUCUAACAAUGCGGCAGCUGGAUUGAGCGUCUACAAUUUCAGAGAAAAGUCAUUUCCUUUUGAGACCCUGCUAAAUCAGAAACCAGACGCUUCAUGUACCUAGAAGUAGAUGCUUUUUUGUUCUUUAAUGAAGGUGGGAGGAGAAGGAAUGUUUGGCAAGUAUUUACCAGUCCCCAUUGAAAAAGUCACUUCUUUUCCUGAACAGACCCUCUCUUAUAAAAAAAAAAAAGCGUAAUGUGUGCAGUAGGUUUAAGGGAUUUGAAAUUGACUGAU